CGGGGGAGCGCGUGACUCUCGUCUGCGGUGCCAGGGGUGUGCCUCCCGCAGCCCAGGCUUGGAAGGGGGACGCCCCGGCGCGGGGCCACUGCUCUCGCUUUCUCGUGGUCGCAGACGCCCUCCCGGGGGGCGUCCCGCGGCCGGCGCGAUGAGUGCCAACGAGGACCAGGAGAUGGAACUGGAAGCUCUGCGUUCCAUUUAUGAAGGAGACGAAAGUUUCCGGGAGUUAAGUCCAGUUUCCUUUCAAUAUCGGAUAGGUGAAAAUGGUGAUCCCAAAGCCUUCUUAAUAGAGAUUUCCUGGACAGAAACAUAUCCCCAAACACCUCCAAUUAUAUCUAUGAACGCUUUUUUUAACAACACCAUAUCGUCAGCUGUAAAGCAGAGCAUAUUAGCCAAGUUACAGGAAGCCGUGGAGGUCAAUCUUGGGACCGCCAUGACCUACACGUUGUUUGAAUAUGCCAAGGACAAUAAAGACCAGUUCAUGGAGAAUCACCAGCCUGUGAAUUCUACGAUACCCAUAAGCAGUAUCAUCUCCGUUGAAACUCCUAAUACAGCCCCAUCAAGUAAGAAAAAAGAGAAAAAAGAACAGCUUUCAAAAGCCCAGAAACGUAAGCUGGCAGAUAAAACAGAUCACAAAGGAGAACUUCCUCGAGGAUGGAACUGGGUUGAUGUGGUGAAGCAUAAGCAGAUUUGUGAAAACCCAGCGGUCUCCUGUUGAGCUCAGUAACAAAGAAGUUUGCAAAAAUUUAAGCAAAACUGGCUCUAAAGAAGACGAAUAAUUUUUGGAAUUGAAGACAAGGGAAGAACAUCCUUUAAGAAGGAAACUGGGUUCAAAAUCCUUCAUUAUUACUCUUUUCUGGUAUUGAGGUGGCUUUUUAUAAAACAAUUUUUUUGUAUGUUUCUUAUGUAAAAAAAAAAAAACGUUUUAAGCUGAAAGUUCAUGAAAAGAUCUGGUUGUAUUAUUUUCACAAACUUGCCUUAAUAAAAGGUGAAAUGUUACCAUUUAGUAUACUUUCUGAAGAUGGUUGAUCUUUGUAAAUGGACAAAAUGGGAAAUAAUAAAUAAUCAAUGUGAAUUUAUAUGAUCUUACUCCAGUGGAUGUGCUAUUUUUUAAAGGAGUAGGAAGCCCUUUUGAAACUCUCAUCCCAGUGGAUCAGAAUACUGAGUAAACAGUUGCUCUGUGGCGUGAUCCAUUUUAAUGGACUUCUCGUCUUAAUCAAGUCUUCAUCCCUCCUUUCUCUUAAUUACUGAAGCAUAAAUUGCUCCAGAGAAAUUUAAAUACUAAUAUUUGAACUUAUUACAUAAUAUUCUUUGUAGUUCCUUUUUAUUUUUCAAGGGUGACCUGCUUCUUUCUUUUUAGUAAGUG